CUUUCCUUUUAAUUUUUUGAGGUUAGUUAAACGUCAAACUUGUAAAUGUGAGUUUUUGAGUGUAUUAUCAUCGUAUAUAGAAGUAAACACUUCUAUACUUAUAUACGGUGGUAUUAUUUAAAAAUUGGUUUUGAAAUAAUUGAAUAUGGGUAGUCAGCAAAUUGACUUAAACCAAUUGCUGAUUUCUGAACAAAUUAAUGUAUGGGGAGCAAAUCAGGAAGUUUUAGAAGAACAAGCUCUGAAAGAGUUGGAAAUAUUUGCUGAAGAUAAUAAAACUUCUAUUUGUAAUGAAGUAGAGGAUGGUGAAAUUCAAGAACUUGAAGACAGUUCUUCCAACAAAAUAGGAGACAUCACUCUGAAUAUAGAUAAAUAUAUACAGCAACAGGAAGCAUUGAAAAAGCGACAGGAAUUCAAAAAAUCUUUAGAUAAUAGUAGUGAACAAAUUAAUAUUAAGUUUGACACAAGAAAAAAACGGAAAAGGAAAAAGCUUUCAGAAUCCAUAAAAACAAAUUUUAAUAUAGUUGCAGAAAUUAGUGAUAAUACAGAUUUUGGAUCUAUAGAGCAUAAUUUGAAGUCUAGUAGAACAAACAAAAGGUCCCAAGUACAAGAAAGCCCUGCGAAUGAUAUUUCAGCAGAGGAUAUUACCAAAAAUAUAGUGGAUGAACACUUUGACAGCAGUAGGGAUGAUAUAUCUGGAAGUGAAUAUUUUCCUUCUGAAAAUGAGAAAGAUAGUGAUCAGGAAUUUGAAUUGCCCCUACCAAGAGCCUCGAAAAUUCCUAAAUCACAAGCUCGCAAAAGAAAAAGAGAAACUGAAAUUAUCAACAAAGUUGAAGAUGAUGGUGUUUGGCAGUGUUACAAAGCAAGACUUGAUGUCUAUUACAAGAAACUCGAGGAGGAACUUGAUUUGAGGAGACUCCACGAAGAUGAUGAUUCAAGAGAGAAGAGUGACUUUCAUUUGUUGAAAGGAGGCUUGAAGGUCCCUCUCAACAUUUGGGAUAGGCUAUAUGGUUAUCAACAAGAUUCUGUAAAGUGGCUUUGGAAAAUUCAUCAGAAAUCCACUGGGGCAUUAUUAGGAGAUGAAAUGGGACUAGGAAAAACUGUACAAAUUAUCGCUUUUUUACAAGCAUUGGAAAUAAGUAGAGUACUAUCUUGUCACGGAAGGUUCAAUGGAUUGGGACCUUCUUUGGUGGUUUGUCCGGCAACUGUCAUUCAUCAGUGGGUCAAACAUUUUCAUGAAUGGGCUCCCGAGUUUCGGGUUGCUGUCCUUCAUCAGUCAGGAAGUUUUCAAGGUAACAAAGCAGAUCUUAUUAAAGACAUGCAUGAAACGAAAGGCAUAAUAAUCACCACCUACCUUGGCAUCCUCAAAUACAAAGACAACCUCCUCGAUCAUAAUUGGCACUACGUUAUUCUGGAUGAAGGCCAUAAAAUCAGGAACCCAACAGCAAAAGUAACUGUGGCUGUUAAACAGAUUAGAACUCCCCAUAGGAUAAUGCUGACUGGGAGUCCAAUGCAAAAUAAUUUGACAGAACUUUGGAGCUUAUUCGACUACACAAAUCCUGGUAUGCUUGGGAAUUUGUCAACUUUUCAGGAACAUUUUGCAAAUCCCAUUUUGCAUGGAGGAUUUGCAAAUUCUACACCUAUGCAGGAAGCCACAGCUCUGUCUGUAGCUACUACUCUCAAGCACAUUAUCACUCCUUAUAUGCUAAGGAGAAGUAAAACUGAGGUACAACACCACAUAUCUCUACCAAACAAAAGUGAGCAGGUUCUUUUUUGUUCCUUGUCUAAAGAACAAACUGAUUUAUAUAAAAAUUAUUUAAUGAGCGAACAUGUCAAUAUGAUUUUGGGAAGAGGAACCAAAAAUUGGUUUUCUGAUAACCACAUAAGAUCCAACGUUUUGGUGGCAAUUACAAAGCUGAGGAAAAUAUGCAAUCAUCCUGAUAUAUUCUUGAACGAGGAAGAACCUAAUGAUAUUGAAGACAGUGGUUUACCAGAAGAUGAGAGAUUUGGUUAUUACAAAAAAUCAGGCAAAAUGGUUGUUGUUUCUGCCUUAUUGAAGAUAUGGAAGAAGCAAGGCCACAGAGUACUCCUUUUCACACAGAGCAGAUCAAUGAUACUUAUAUUGGAACAAUUCUUGCACCAGAACGGAUAUAAAUAUUUGAAAAUGGAUGGCUCCACAUCUAUAAGUAAAAGACAACCUCUCAUAGAUAAGUUCAAUCAGGAUUCCUCCUAUGAUGUUUUUCUCUCAACGACGAGGGUUGGAGGACUGGGAGUGAAUUUGACUGGUGCUAACAGAGUCAUUAUUUUUGAUCCUGAUUGGAAUCCAGCGACAGACACCCAAGCAAGGGAAAGAGCUUGGAGGAUUGGUCAAGAUAAAGAAGUAACUAUUUAUCGGUUGCUCUCUGCCGGUACUAUUGAAGAAAAGAUGUAUCAAAGACAAGUAUGGAAGCAACUUUUGAGUAAUAAAAUACUCAUCGAUCCAAAAACUAAUAAGUUUUUCAAAUCGUCAGAUUUACAUGAUCUGUUUUCCCUUCAAGAGCAGCAAGGUGGUAAUCCGGAAACCGCUAAUAUAUUUCAUGAUUCUAGGGUAAGAAUCCAAGACAACAUUAAGAAGAAAAACAAAAAGAAGAAGAGCGGAAAAUCUACAAUUCAAGAACCAGAGAAUCUUUUUACAGAGGAAAAAAUUCAACAGAUGAAAAACUUGGCACAGCAAAUUGCAAAGAGCCUGUCAAAACAACCUUCAUCAUUUCAACUCGAACUGGAGGAAGAAAGGCUGAAAAAGUUGCAGGAAAAAGAAGCGUUAAAAAAGUUGACGCCUCAGGAAUUGCUACAGUAUAAUAAGAAGAAAGCUAUUGAAGAGAAACCUGCUGUUAAUGAAAUAGAUGGUUCUGAAGCUAAAGUUAGUUUUUCUGAGGCCUUGGAGUACUCGAAAAAAACAGCUGAGCUACAUCAUGACCUUAUUUCUCACAAAAAGGAUCCACUUGAAGCGAAGAAGACAGUAGAUGAAAUCCAUAAACAAAUCACCAAAGCUCCCGUCAUACUUUUAGAUGAGUUUACAAAGGACCGCGAGAAAUCUCCUAAAAGAGAAAAGAAGAAGAGGAAAAACAAAUGUGUUACUGAUAUUUCAGGAACAAUUGACGGCGAGCAAGUUGAGGGGUUAGUGAAAACUGAGGUUAAGAAGCGAAAGAAAGAGAAGAAGCUGACUGCUGAUUCCGAAUCUCAAGAUGAUUAUGUUCUGGGCAAGCUGUUUCAGAAAACAGGUGUUUCGGGGGCAUUGAAACACGAAUCUAUUGUAAAUGGUAGACAAGGAGGAAAUCUCAGAAUUCAUAGCGAAACUAAAAUGCGAGCUGAAAAGUCUCUAGAAGCACUUCGCAAGUCCAGAGUGGAUAACUGGAGGUGGUGAAUCCUUAAAAAAUUAAUUUACUAUAAAUAUAUCAUUUGGUUAUUAGAAGCACUUUGCAGUUCUAGAGUGGAUAUCCGCCGUUGGUGAAUCCAUUUCAAAAAACCUUUUUUUUAUGAAAGUUGUUUCCAUUUAUUUGAAGCCCUUUGCAGGUCCAAAGUGCAUAGCUGAAAGUGGUGAAUCGAUUAAAAAUAUUAUUUUGUUAUAUUUAAAUAUUCAUUUAUUUUUUUGUACCUGUUGUAUAGAAUUUUUAUUAAAUGUUUUGAUAUAUUCU